AGGACCAUGGCCAGACCUGCAUUAUUAGGCCCUCAUCUCUCCUUUAUAUAUGCCGGCAAGCACAUAACGGCUACUUUCGUACAUGAAUUCAUUGAACUUGCAGGUGAGAAUAAUGAUGAAGAGAAAAAGAUCCCCCAAACCGCUACCACCACCACCUUCAACCCCUCCAACACCCCAAACCCAAUCCCGCCACUCCACCAACCUCUCCAAAUCCCGCCUAUGGAUCCCUCUCAACCUAACCCGACAAGACCUCUCACUACCCCUCACCUUCCCCACCGGCCAAACCUUCCGAUGGAAAAACACCGCUCCUUUCCAAUACACCGGCGUUAUCGGAUCCCACCUCGUAUCUCUCAAACACCUCCAAAACGGCGACGUUUGCUACUCCCUUCACUCCCAAUCAAACCAUGAUGCCAAAACGGCACUGCUCGAUUUCUUAAACGCAGACGUUUCUCUCGCUGACACGUGGGAGGUUUUCUCGGCUAAUGAUGAGAGAUUCGCGGGAUUAGCGCAACAUUUGGGUGGUGCUAGGGUUUUGAGACAAGAUCCCUUUGAAUGCUUGAUUCAGUUCAUGUGUUCUUCCAAUAAUCAUAUUAGUAGAAUCACGAAAAUGGUUGAUUAUGUUUCGUCUCUUGGGGAUUAUUUAGGUCACGUUGAAGGGUUUGAUUUUCAUGCCUUUCCUACUCUUCACCAGCUUUCGUUGGUUUCUGAACAACAACUCAGAGACGCUGGUUUUGGUUACAGGGCUAAGUAUAUAGUUGGAGCUGUAAGUGCUUUGCAAUCAAAACCUGGAGGUGGAGAAGAAUGGCUUCAUUCUCUUCGGAAAUUGGAUCUUCAAGAUGUUAUAUCUGAACUUUCCAAGUUACCUGGAGUGGGUCCUAAAGUGGCUGCUUGUAUAGCUCUCUACUCGCUUGAUCAACACCAUGCUAUUCCUGUUGAUGUUCAUGUGUGGAGGAUUGCCCAAAAGUAUCUCUUACCUGAGCUUGCAGGUUCCAAGUUGACAUUGAAGCUUUGCAAACGUGUUGCAGAGGCAUUUGUAACAAAAUAUGGUAAAUAUGCCGGUUGGGCUCAAGCUGUUUUAUUUAUUGCUGAGUUGCCUUCCCAAAAGGCCAUCCUACCCGAACAUUUGAGGACUAUCAAACAAGCGAAGCCCGCUAAGAUAGAAAACAGUGAAGAAGAAUCUGAGUGAGAUCUACGGGUGGUGUGCGUCUGGAGAUAUAAAUGUUGGAGACUCAGGCAGGACACACUACAGUCAAGAUUUUGUGAUAUCACACUGCUGAGUGAUGAAUGAGGGGGAUGUUUGAACUACUAUACACAAGUUCUUCUACUAUGUAUUAUUGUUGACAGGUCUUUCCACGGUCUUCAAUCAUGGUCGACACGGGUGGAUAAUGAACUAUAAGUUGAAGACAUGGUUAAAUCAAAGGUGGACAAUGAACUAAUUGCGGAGGACAUAGUCAUUGCAGACAUGGAAGAUGGACUGUUGUCAGAAUAAAUAGUGGAGAUGGAACUGUUGGGCAUAGUCAAUACUAAUUUGAUUCUGCCCUUUGAUUAUCAGUUUCACUUCUUUUUUAUUUGGGACUAGUAGGGAUUCUUGGGUGACAGUGAGAAGAUGCAAACAGAGAUUAAAUGGUGCGAGAUCAGGGAGAAUUCACAGCUAGUGAUGUUGAUAUGCUUGUCCAUUGUUUUUCAUUCGAUAAUUCAUUGUUUGCAUUGACCACGUCUUCUACCAAUAGUUCAUUCAUCACUGUUUCAAUCAUACAUUCUUUCCAUUUGAUUUGUUUCAGAUUAAUCAGUUGUAAUUGAUAUUCUUCUGCACAUUUCUUCUUUAUCAGUAGAAAUAUUUAUUUUCUUAUUUCUUAUUAUAUGACUAGAUUUUUCUUUAUAUUUAAAUAAACACUUGACAUAAUUGUUAUGAAUGUCGAUAUUAGCUUCCCCAAAUUAUGACUUUACCUU